AUGACGAAUUGGCUCGUUCCUCCAUCAUUACCGACUGGUAAUAGUCGUCGUAUCGAACUUGCUGGCAUCGAUCUGUGGAUCGUUUCGCAUAUCAACAAUGUAUUUGUUUAUCCGUCUGAGUUGAAUAUCGAUCGACUCAUGGACGCACUUGGUCGUGCUCUCUCUCUGUGGCCUUUCAUCGCUGGUCGUUUUCUCUUAUUCGACGGUGAUCGCUAUAUAAUUGAAAUGUCCGACAAUGCCAUUCCAGUCUUCUUGACCGAGAACACUGAUCUCGUCAAAUGGCCUCUCGAUUCGAAUGUAUUGGUUGAAUUAACUCAAACUCCACUUCAGCCAUUUCUCGACGAAGUAGAAGUCACAAAGUUGCUAGGUGACUCUAACGAUGAGCCACUCUUCCGUUUGAAACUUACUCAUCUCGUACAAAGUGGCGAAUGGGUGCUGGGCACAAGUUGGGCACAUGUAUUGGGCGAUGGCACUGCCUGUUUGAACUUUCUGAGUACCAUCUCACGUUUGUAUCAACAAAUGGAACCGCUCGAACCGUUACCUGUCUUCGAACGACGUUUAUGGCGGGAAGACGAAGAUGAUCAGUCUCUCGUACCCAUGAUGAAACAACUGAGCGAUGCUAGAUCUAGUGGAGAAAUAGCGAAAAACUAUAUGGUCGAUCAAGCAACACAUGAUCAACUUAAUAUGUGCUUCUCGAGUGAACAACUCGCCAAAUUACGCACACUAGCCGGUGGAAAUAUUGUGACCAUUCAAGACGCACUCACUGCCUAUAUUAUCCUUACAUUCAACACUCAUUGUUUUCGAAAUGAUGCUCAAUGUAUUAUUCUACGCACCAAUACGAUCAUCAACUUUCGGGGCGUCUCUGAGUCGAUCGCUCCACGUGGCCUAGUUGCUAAUGCCGUCGUUAUGAUGUUGUCCGAUGAUUUCGACGAUGCGCUAUCACUAUCGAGCAUUGCCAAGACGAUUCGUCGCUUGGUUAUACGAUCGCGUGAUGCUAAAUUUCUCGAGCCUUGGCUGGCCACUACCGAUCGACUGAUGAGACAAAUGGUGCGUGACGACCGACAGAUCAACUUGAGGCAAUUUCCGAAUGAAGUCAUGGUCAACUCCGCUCUUCGAUACGAUUGGGCAGGUCUCGUUGAUUUUGGCUAUAGGGACAAGUGUCGUUUCUAUACGGCGGGAACCAAUGCAUUAUAUCUACGUGUGUUUCGUCUAAAUCCUGUAUACGAUGGCGCACAAUGGAUAGGAAGAGAUCGAGGCGGAGCCGAAGUAUCCUUUGGCAUUCAGAAGGACAUGAAAGAGAAAUUUGUUAGUGCGUGGCAGCAAGAUGUUAGUGAGAAUUUUGUUAACGUGAAAAAAUAA